AAAGUUAACCGGGUCAGUUGACCCGGUAUAUAAAAAAAAUUCAUUCUAAGCCCUAACACCUUCGAUCUCUGUCUUCCUUUCUCGCUUUUCUCACACUUCAGAUCAGCCAAGGAGAAGUCGUCGCCUCUCAAAUACUUGGACUUGGCGAGUGCGGUUUCUGCUUGUUUAUGAAAGCGGGCGGUUGUAGAGUGAUGUUUACGAAUUGGGAGAAGUGCGUGUAUUAAGGGGAGAAAAACAAGAAGUAUAUCGUGGAGAAAUGUUUUCACGCGACUUCUUCUGUGCGUGUAUGGAGGCGCACUCCGAUUACUACAAGCUGCUUCUGGAGGCGCAGGAGGCGGCAGGGAAGCAGCUGGAGGCGGAGAAGGAGAUGGAGAAAUCGACCGAUCAAGCGGCGGAAGAUAAAUUGGAUGAUUAUGAGAAGAAGGCAGCUUCUUGAUGAUAGUGUGCAGAUUGCGGAAGCUCUGAGAAUGCAGAUGGAGGUGCAGAGGAAGCUGGAGCAGAAAAUGGAGGUGCAGAGACAUUUGCAGCUGAGAAUCGAAGCUCAAGGAAGGUACCUGCAGUCGGUGCUCAACAAGGCCAAGGAGACUCAACAUCACCUGCUCCACUCCGCCUCGGACCACAGCUCUCUCAGUAAAGCAAAGCAAAAAGACAGUGAAAUGAAUUAUGCCGGAAAUAGGAGGAUAUUCAGCAAGGAAGACAAGGGGAUUGUGUGUGCAAUUUAGUUAUUGAAUCUUGUAGUUUCAUUAUAUAAAUGAUAUAGUUUAAUUCCAAUUCUUGUAGUUUUAACUUGCAUUGUUUCAUUAUAUAAAUGAUAUAGUUUCAUUC